AUGAAGUGGCGCCUGGUGUAUCUCCAUCUUAUUAUUGUCGCAUUUUUUUUCGUCGUCAAUUUCGAGGAGGUGACAGGAGCCCCUGAAAAGGAGAUAAUAAACCCACAGGGUUCAUUGACCGAAUGCCACCUGCAGGUAGAAUGCACAGCCCCGCAGUUUCCCCAGGCUCCUCAAAGUAGAAAUGAGUCUGUGGGUAGAGUGAGGAAGAUUCGCAUUCCUGUUCGCGCGGCAAGGGGUCCUCAAGGUCCAAGGGGCCUCAGGGGACCGGCUGGUCCGAGGGGCCCGCCAGGAUACAGUCCUGUAAUCGAUGACGAUGUUAUUACCAACGACCACGUACGGAAGCGUGAGACUCACCAGAACCGCCAAGACUUCAUAACUGAACGAAGUCCAAUUGUCUGGAAAUUGGAGGAACAAACAGAAUAUGAAGACAUCCAUGUUCUUGAACUCCAAGUGGGCAAUUAUGGCUUCAGCGACCGUUUAGCAACUCUCGAAGACUUUGCAGGUGAUUGUUCCAUUGAAAUUGCAAAGCCGAAUACAUCAAGGGCACAGUAUUGCGUCACUCUUGAAAGUAUAGUGCCUGAAUUAAUUUCCAGCUCAGUUGGAAUUGUCAUCGACUGGGAUUUGAUUGAAGGAACAACAGCCGAAGAAAUUUGGGAGGCCUUUCAGCAGCGCUUGGUGAAUGAGACCAUCUUUCGACCCAUGCCUGCUCCCUACUCAGCCCAAUUUCGCUCUCCAGAAUACCUUAAUUCAUGGCAUAGUAAUCUUCAGGACAACACAAGACGAAUGAACUUAUUCGGCUACCGGGGUGAACACGACGGGAACUCAGUCGAUUUUCUACUUGAGCCUCAAAUGUUACUGAUUUUGGCUUGUGGAUUGAUUUUGGAGAUAUUUUUUUGA